AAGUCGCUUUGGAUAAAAGCAUCAGCUAAAUGCAAUGUAAUGUAAUGUAAUCUCCAGUAUCAGCAAUACAGGUGGAAAUGGAAGAAAUGCCUUUAAGGAUAAGAAGAGUGAAGUUAAUGUUGGCAUACUGGGUAAACCUUCAGGGGCACAGUGAUAGUCAUCCUGCGAAAAGUAUUUUUGAAAGACUGCUGCGAGCACAAUGAGUCACAUUUAACAAGUUUUGGAUGGAUUGGCGAUGUUAAAGCAGCAAGUAUAGGUUUGAAUCAAAUACAGUAUUGCCCCACAGUUCCAAUCUCCUCCAUUCCACCCUGGUUGCUCCCAUUGCCAAGUGUAGACCUCAAUAUACGAGAGGAGUUAAAGGAAAAGAAAGAACUACCAGUAUGGCGCAUAGUCCAGAAUUAUUUUGCAAGAUAUCACUCAGACUCAACAAUCAUAUUUACAAAUGGCUCCAAAGAUCCAGAGACAGGGUGUGCAGGGGCAGCAGUUUAUAUCCCAGUGAGUAAUACACAUAUAAAGAAAAGGGUAACAGACCAUGUGUCAGUAUACACCACAGAGUUGUUGGCAUUGGUGUUGGCAUUGAAAUCGAUAGAGGAGAAAGAAAUACAUAAUAGUGUAAUUGCAUCUGACAGCUUUUCAGCAUUAUCGAGUAUACGAUCAGGUAGAUCUUCAUCUAGAAUGGACAUAAUAAAUGAAAUAUUUCUAAUUUUAUAUAAAAUGCAAAACAAAGGCAUAGCAACUCGUUUCAUCUGGGUUCCUGCUCAUGUUGGUGUGGAGGGUAAUGAACAGGUGGAUAUUCUGGCCAAACAAACACUCAGAAGUAUGAACAUAUUCAUAGAAGUUCCACUCAGCAAAGCGGAGGUUCAAACAUUCAUACAGAAAUAUGCACAAACAACAUGGCAAGAACAUUGGGACCUUUGUGAUACAGGAAGACAUCUUUAUAAAAUUCAAAGGUAUGUGGGGGAUGGAAGGAAGGUGGGGUUUAAAAGAAGGGAGGAAAAUGUCAUUUCUCGGAUGAGAAUAGGUCAUACAGGUCUCAAUCAUACAUUAAGUAUAAUAGGAAAGCAUCCAACCGGAAAGUGUAUACACUGCAGCCAGCCAGAAACUGUUGAGCAUGUUUUACUGCUUUGCAGGAAAUAUAGUACUCAGAGAAAUGUGCUUUUCCAGACACUGAAGAAAGCAACAUUCCAUGACUUGUCGCUAUCAGGGCUGUUAGGGAAAACAUCAGGCGAUAUGUAUUGUGAGAUUAUUACGUUUCUAAGAGAAAUUGAUCAAUUUAAAAAUAAUCUAGAGUUUUGGUUCUUUAUUUUAUUUAUUGUUUUCUGCAUAGUCUGUUGUCCACACUCCAGUCCAGUUGGUGGCGGUAAUGCACCUACAAGUUGGUUUACCAACCGCCAAUUAACACUAAAGAAGAAGAAGAAUUUCCUCACAACAUUUCCACAACUCAACGCCCGGAGGCCGCGUGACGUCAAUGAGGAAGUGUUUUCAUGCACCUGCUGCUGCUGGAGAGAAACAUGGAUGUAUGGAGAGAAAACGGAGGGUCCCACUGCAGCAGCAGAGUGGAGGUGUGUGUGAUGAGGCUGUGUGUUUGAGCUUCAGGAUGGAGAUCCUGGUGGCCAAGCUGCUCGGGCUGCUGGGAUUGUUCGGCCUCAUGCUGGCGGGUGUGCUGGUCCCAGUGCGCCUCCUGCAGGCGGACUCCGGGGCCCUGAGGUACAGGAGAGCGCUGUCUCUUUGCAACUCUUUCGGAGGGGGGGUGUUCCUGGCCACGUGCUUCAACGCUCUGCUGCCCGCCGUCAGAGAGAAGGUGGCCGACGUGUUCCAGCUGCUGAAGAUCAGCAGCGACUAUCCUCUGGCUGAGACGAUGAUGAUGCUCGGCUUCUUCCUCACGGUGUUCGUGGAGCAAUCUGUGCUCACCUUCAGGAAAGAGAAGCCUUCCUUCAUCGAUCUAGAGACCUUCAAUGCCGUCGGGUCGGAGGCCGGCAGCGACUCGGAGUACGAGACGCCCUUCAUCUCCUCUAACCUCGGCACGCCGGGGGGUGCGGGCAGUCACCGCUCUCACAGACACCAGCACGGACACUUCAGCCCAGCCGAGCUGGCGGGGGCGGGGCCUCUGCGGCUGGCCAGCCUGGUGCUGGCUCUGUCUGCUCACUCUGUAUUCGAGGGCCUGGCGCUUGGCCUGCAGGACGAUGGAUCAAAGCUGGCCAGCCUCUUCCUGGGCGUGGCUGUGCACGAGACGCUGGCCACAGUGGCCCUCGGGGUGAGCGUGGCCAAGGCAUCGCUUGGCAUGAAGGACGCCGCUAAGCUGGGCAUCACAGUCAGCCUUAUGAUCCCGCUGGGGAUGUUGGUGGGGAUGGGCAUCGAGUCGACCCAGACGCUGGCGGGCAGCGUGGUGUCUGUGGUGCUACAGGGAUUCGCCGCGGGCACCUUCCUGUUUGUCACCUUCUUUGAGAUCCUCUCCCGAGAGCUGGAAGACAAACAGGACCGGCUGCUCAAAGUGCUUUUCCUCAUCCUCGGCUACACCGUGCUCGCUGCACUGGUCUUCAUCAAAUGGUGACACACAGGAAGUGCUUUACUCCAUAAAGGCAGCAAAGUCCAGCUGUGAGAGGCAAACAAAUCUGCAGCAGCUGGACUAACCCAACUAACUAGCUCAACUAACUCUUUAUUGUCUUCAGCUGUGUCUGUAGUGUUAACUGUUUAGUUAAGAGAACUAUUAUAGGUAGGGAUGGGUACCGAGCCCCGGUAUUAAACGGGCCCCGGGGCUGAAUUAUUAAAGACCGUGGUACCGUUAAGCUCCGACGUUAGCGGUCUUUUUAUCGGUACUGGAGACAUGUAAAAAAUAUGUCAUAUGUAUUAUUGCUACACAAACAUUAUAUUGCAGUUUUAGUGUCGCCAACUCCGUUUCUAAUACGCAAAAAGACUUAAAUAUGCGUCUAUGAUUAUUUUUUGUAUUUUCGUUCUCUCUCGCCCGCCUGCUUGCGAGGGGGCGGGGCAGUUUACACACACGCUCUGCUAGAUGCAGCAACACACACACGGAGGAGAUGGCGGAGAGAACGCGCUCCGAGGUGUGGUUAAACUUUACCCGUCUCGAUGCUCGUUACCAAAAGUGGAAUAAGAGUUUAGCAUGUAAGGGCGGUAACACGAGCAAUUUGUCUAAACAUUUAGCAAAAGUGCUCCACAUUCAGACGGAGGAAUGCA